GUAAAGUUGUCCUUGACCUUAUAUUGCACGUAUGCUGGUAAACUCGUGUCAAAUGGAUUGUUUCGGAUGUUGAUCUGGUGUCUUCAAAGAUAAGCUUUAUUUUUUGGUGAAUAGGUGUAUUUCUUACACCGAUAUCAUGGAUUCUGGAGAUGCCAUGAAAAUUGAAGUUCCGGAAAUCCAGAAUUUGUUCAAAAUAGACGGCUAUCUAACAACACAUGAACGUGAAAUACGCAGACGUUAUGGGUGCUUUAAAGAUCUUGUAAAGAGAAUUGAAACGACCGAAGGAAGUUUACAAAACUUUGCAGAAGGUUAUAAAAUUUAUGGCGUACAUCGCUUGGCAGACAACAGUAUUAGUUGUGUCGAGUGGGCACCAGGGGCAGAUGGUAUCUAUUUGAAAGGAGAAUUCAAUGAUUGGAAAAUUGAAGAGAGAUACAGCUUCGAGAGAUUAGAUUUUGGAAAAUGGAAGUUGACCAUUCCAGCAAAUUCUGAUGGAUCCUGUCCAAUAAAACACUGCACCAAAUUAAAAUUGUGCAUUAGAACAAAGUCUGGAGAUUUGGUGGAGAGAAUUUGUCCGUGGGCUGUGCAUGUCAAUCGCCCUAAAGAUGUUCCCAUUUAUGAACAAUUAUUCUGGGAUCCCCCGGCUGACCAAAUUUAUAAAUUCAAACAUCCAAGACCCUCUAAGCCAUCCUGUCUUAGAAUAUAUGAAUGUCAUGUUGGUAUUGCUUCGUGGGAGGGAAAAGUAGCAACUUAUAAAGAGUUUACUCAAAAUGUAAUUCCUAGAAUUAAAAAUCUUGGUUAUAAUGCUAUUCAACUGAUGGCCAUUAUGGAACAUGCUUACUAUGCCAGUUUUGGGUAUCAAAUUACAAGUUUUUUCGCAGCUUCAAGUCGCUAUGGUAGUCCAGAGGAUUUGAAGGAAUUGGUUGAUACUGCACAUGCUAGUGGCCUUGUCGUGUUACUGGAUGUCGUUCAUAGUCACGCCUCAAAAAACGUUGUCGAUGGAUUGAAUCAAUUUGAUGGUACCGAUUCCUGCUUCUUUCAUGGUGGAGGGCGUGGAACUCAUAAUCUGUGGGAUUCCAGAUUAUUCAAUUAUACAGAGUGGGAAGUUUUACGAUUCCUGUUAUCAAAUCUAAGAUGGUGGAUGGACAUUUAUCAGUUUGAUGGAUUUCGUUUUGAUGGCGUUACAUCUAUGAUUUAUCAUACACAUGGUAUGGGUCAUGGAUUUACGGGCGAUUACAAUGAAUAUUUUGGGUUGAAUACAGAUACUGAAUCUUUGUGUUAUCUAACUGUUGCAAAUUAUUUUCUACAGUCAUCUUAUCCAUCGGUUAUUACUAUCGCAGAAGAAGUAUCAGGGAUGCCCGCCUUGUGUCGUCCAAUCAGUGAAGGAGGUAAUGGUUUUGAUUACCGGUUGGCUAUGGGUCUACCAGAUAUGUGGAUUAAACUCUUGAAGGAAGAGACAGAUGAUAAUUGGAAUAUGGCAAAGAUAAUACAUACUUUGACAAAUAGACGUUAUGGAGAGAAAUGUAUUGCCUACACUGAAAGUCAUGAUCAGGCUCUUGUCGGGGACAAAACUCUUGCAUUUUGGUUGAUGGAUAAGGAUAUGUACACCCACAUGUCACUGUUAGCAGGCGAUAACAUCGUAAUAGAUAGAGGAAUGGCUUUACAUAAAAUGCUGCGAUUAAUUACAAUUGGCUUAGGAGGAGAGGGCUAUCUUAAUUUCAUUGGCAAUGAAUUUGGUCAUCCUGAAUGGCUGGAUUUCCCCCGGGUAGGAAAUAAUGAAAGCUUCCAUUACUGCAGACGUCAGUUUAACCUUGUUGAUGACGAAAACUUGAAAUACAAAUUCUUAAAUAAUUUUGACAGAGGAAUGAUGCAUUUGGAGGAGCAAUAUGGCUGGUUGGCUCACCCUCAGAAUUAUGUGAGCUGUAAACACCAAGGGGAUAAAGUUGUUGUGUUUGAGAGAGCAAACAAGUUGAUUUUCAUUUUCAACUUCCAUCCAUCUCAAAGUUUUACUGACUAUAAAAUAGGAGUGAACAUUCCUGGUAAAUAUAAAAUUGUCUUGGAUAGUGAUUCCGAAGAAUAUGGAGGUCACAAAAGAUUGGAUCAUAGUACCGAGUUUCUGACAUUCAAUGAACCAUGGCAUGAUAGAGCUCACCAUACCUUUGUUUAUAUACCAAGUCGAAUGGCAAUAAUAUUAGCUAAGGUGGAUUAAUGAUUGACAGUAUAGGGUUUUAGUUCAUAAAUGAUACUGUAUGGUUUAUUUUAAAUGGAUUGACUAUAUCAAUAUAAUAAAUAUAUCUAAAUAUUUAAUGGAAAUUGGAAUGUGAUAUGAAAUAAUAGGAGAGUUCUUUUACCGGUGAACAUGUGAAUUGAUUUUACAUAGACCACCUUCUCCACAAAUUAGUUAAAUUUGAUUACACAUGUGGCCAUGGUAUUGAUAGUUCUGGUAGUAUUGCUGGCUUCUAAAAGUUGAUUCACCAUUUCGAGUAGCUGUAUUCAUAUUCUAUAAAAUUAGAAACAGCCCAUCUUCUUUAUUUUCAUUAGACUUGUCAUAUAUAUGCUUUUAAAAGCACAAUGUACGCUUUUCAAUUAAAUAAUUCAUUCUCUGUUGAUCUGAUCAGGUUUUACAUAAUUAUGAUAAAUUGAUGCCAUAAAUAUGAUAAUUUGCAAUAUAAGUAAAUGUACAUGUUAUGUAAAGUGUAAUAAUCUAUAUAUUGAAUAUACAUACAUGUACUAACAGUAUUAUAAAGUGCUAAAUUAUAACCAAAACUGUGUAUUAAAAAUAUUGUUGAAGUG